CUUCUUCAUAUUGAUUCGAGUUUUAAUCUUGUUGAAUAGAGAGCGAUGUCGGAUCAGAAACGGCCGCGACUUGGCUUCGGCGGUACAGUAGUCCAUUGCUAUGGCCCUAACUCCUUUAAAUUGCUAAGUUUACCUGCACCUAAACCUGGGCAAGUUAUGGGCCUUGUGGGAAGUAAUGGCAUUGGAAAAUCUACUGCCCUUCGACUUUUGUCUGGGGUGUUGAAACCUAACUUGGGACGCUUUGAUAAUCCUCCCGACUGGCAAGAAAUUUUGGAUCAUUUUAAAGGAACUAAGCUGAAAAAUUACUUCACCCGUAUUGUUGUGGAUAAUCUAAAGGUAAUCUCUAAGCCUCAGUGCAUCUACAAUCUCAAUAGAGAUUAUUAUAUAGCCACGGUUGGGCAAAUUCUAUCUCGGGCAGAUGCGAGAGAGAUGAAUCAACAACUAGCUGUUGACCUUGGAUUGAUUCAUAUUAUGGACCGUGAGUUGGGAUUUUUAUCUACUGGAGAACUUCAGAGGGUUGCAAUAACACAUGCUGCUCUAUGUAAUGCAGAUAUCUAUUUGUUUGAUGAGCCGUCAACUUGUCUUGAUAUUAAACAAAGAUUAAAAGCUGCCCAAUUUAUCAGAUCCUUGGUUCGACCGAAUAACUAUGUGGUUGUGGUAGAGCAUGACCUUAUUGUGCUUGAAUAUUUGUCGGACAUCAUAUGCUGCUGUUUUGGGAAUCCUGGUAUAAAUGGGGCAGUUACUCUUCCAUACUCUUUCAAAGAAGGAAUUGAUAUUUUCCUUACUGGAUUUGUGCCCGAAAAGUAUAGGUUUAGACAUGAAUCUCUUAAAUUUAAGGCUGAAGAGAUUCGACGUGUAAGUGGUGAGCAAGUUGAAACAGGUGCAAGGCACAAGUAUCCAAGCGUGACAGUCACUCACGGAAAAAGAUUCAGGCUCAAGGUUUUGGACGACCUUUUCCCUCCCAAUCCUGCCUUGAAAGAUUUGGAUGACCUUUUCCCUCCCAUUUUCAACAAUGAAGUGUUGGUUGAUGAUGCACUUGUGGUGGUUCCACCCGUGGAGCAAGAUGUAAUUGAUCUUGAACCAGACGAGGGUCCUCCUGAGCCCGAGCCUGUGCCUGAGCCUCAGCUUGAAAACUAG